CAUCAUGAGAGGCAGUGCGAUGUGAAAAAAGAGGAUAUACAGAGGAAAGUUUUGAAACCUGGGCAAUAUGGGGAUUGGUUGCGAGCCUCUGGGGGUGGGUAUGGGGAUAGUAGAGAGAGGAAGUCUUCUAGCCCUAUUGACCCUCCUCCCUUAACUGUCAGUAGCCAAUUGCCUUUGGAGAGGGAGGAAGGGGGUAGGACUAGUAAGAAUGGGGGAAUAGAAUUGGGGUCAGAAGCUGUGAGAAAAUGUAUUGCUCAAAGGAACUCUCAGUUACCAAUAGAGAAGGAUCUUCUUGCUGGAGAGGGGUCUAGCCUUGCUGUGCCUAUGGAGCUGGAAGCUACAAAAGGUCCAGCAUCUGAAUCUGGUAAUUUAGUGGAUGUAUCUGCUCAAUUCAAGGUGGGAAAUUCUAAACCACCUAAGACAUUCACUCGCAUUACCAGAAGUAGAAAGGCUGAGAGCAACACAAAUGGGGGGAAUGAGGGUGUUAAUUUGGGUAGUAUGGGUGGGAAUAUCAUUUCCUCUCAUAAGAGGAAAGUUGAU